UUUGUCCGCGUGACAGAGGGGGGCGGAGCCAUCCGCGCCCGCGGGGUGACCGGAAGAGCCGCGGGAGGAGGAGCGGCGGAUGCGGCGGCUGGCAGGAGUUGGAGCUGAACCGGGUCUGUAGCCCAGCAGGUUAGGCGCCAUGGCGACCGAGGCUACCGAGCUGAUGGAUGAGCCUGAGAGCCAUUCUUACGAGGAGGAGGAGGAGGAGGAGGAGGAAGAGGAGGAGGAGCAGGAGCAGGAGGAGAAGGCCACCAGUCCCACAGACCUGUCCGAGCUGCUGAAGGAAGGGACCAAGGAGGCCCAUGACCGGGCUGAGAACACCCAGUUUGUCAAAGAUUUCCUGAAGGGACACAUCAAGAGGGAACUCUUCAAGCUGGGCACAGCAGCCCUUUACUUCACAUAUUCUGCACUGGAGGAGGAGAUGGAGCACAACAAGGACCAGCCCAGCUUUACCCCCCUGUAUUUCCCCUUGGAGCUGCACCGGAAGGAAGCCUUAGCAAGAGACCUGGAGUAUUUGUAUGGGGAAGGCUGGGAGGAGAAGAUCCAGUGCUCAGAAGCCACUCAGCACUACGUGGAUCGCAUCCAUUAUGUUGGGCAGCAGGAGCCGGAGCUCCUGGUGGCCCAUGCUUACACCCGCUACAUGGGGGACCUUUCUGGGGGUCAGGUGCUGAAGAGGGUGGCUCAGCGUGCACUGAAGUUGCCAAGCAGUGGAGAAGGGAUCAACUUCUACAUGUUUGAAAACAUUUCCAACCCCCAGCAGUUCAAGCAGUUCUACCGAGCCCGGCUGAACGCCCUGGAUGUGUCCCAGGAGACCAAGGAGAGGAUCGUCAAGGAGGCCAACAGGGCCUUUGAAUUCAACAUGCAGGUCUUCGAGGAGCUGGACAAGAUCGGGGCUUUAUUACCAGAAGAAGUCCAAGAUGGCGGCCUCCCAGUGCAUGAUGGGAAGGGAGACAUGCGCAAAUGCCCGUACUAUGCCCCGAAACCCGCUGGCUCCAAGGAUGCUGCCUGCCCCUGCCACCUCGCCCUGGCUGCCCUGAAGCAGCCCACCGUCCAGCUGGUCUUGGCAGCCUGCGUUGCAGUCACUGCUGGCAUUGCAGCCUGGUACGUGAUGUGAGGCUGGGCACCGGCUGCCCAUUGGCCCUUGAAGAAAGUGCUCCUUUUCUCCAUUGAAAUAAGUGGACUUUUAAUGCCGGAUUUAAUUGAGGAAACAUUAAACCCAAAUCCAGUGUACAAAUGCCUGUGUGUCCAAACAAUUAGGAGCAGAACUAAUCAGAAAAUCUGAGCUAUUGUCUUGGGGAGAGAAGGGGCCUGAAGCAGGGGUGAAAUCUACUUACCUUCCCUACUGGUUUGGAAGUGCACGCGCCACGAGUAAAAAACAGGUUACUUCCUGGUUAAAACCAGGAAGUAAUGACGGGUGGGUGGGCGGAGCCUCACACUGCCAUCGCUACCAGUUCGGCUGAACCAAUCCGAACAGGUAGCGUUUCACCCCGGCCUGAACGGUUAGAGCUUUUCUCUUCCAGAACUUUUCUCUUCCACACUACAUGGAGGGUGGGCGGUUGGGGGACAGGCAGGCAGUCCUCUCACCUGGAUGCAGAAUGCAGUUCACUCCCAUUUACUUGCAGGAGGGCUCUUCAAUUUGUACAUAUGGAAAGUGAUAAUGGUUUAAUGUUCGUGUAACUUCUAGACUAUGGCAAUGCCUCUGACAUAAUAAAAUUGAUCUUUGGUUUC